GGAAGAACUGAACGAGGGGGGGCAGCAGAUACAGGAAGAACUGAACGAGGAGGGGCAGCAGAUACAUGAAGAACUAGACAAGAAGGGCCAGCAGAUACAUGGAGAACUGGACAAGAAGGGCCAGCAGAUACAUGGAGAACUGGACAAGAAGGGCCAACAGAUACAAGAAGAACUAGACAAGAAGGGCCAGCAGAUACAAGAACUAGACAAGAAGGGCCAGAAGAUACAGGAAGAACUAGAUAAAGGUCAGCAGAUACAUGAAGAACUGGACAAGAAGGGCCAGCAGAUACAUGGAGAACUAGACAAGAAGGGUCAGCAGAUACAUGCAGAACUAGACAAGAAGGGCCAGCAGAUACAUGGAGAACUGGACAAGAAGGGCCAGCAGAUACAUGGAGAACUGGACCCUAAGGAACUUGGGACAAAGGGGCGGGAUAAAAAAGAGCCGAGUGCGCCCCGGGAUGUGCACAGAAAGGCGCAGGACCGCCAGACUUCGAGUCGCAGCGCCCGCACUGGGGACCCGCAGCGGGACGCGGUCCCCGCAGCCCGAACCUUAGGCGGGAUGUCGGUGGUGGGCAUUGACCUCGGCUUCCUCAACUGCUACAUCGCUGUGGCGAGGAGCGGCGGCAUCGAGACCAUCGCCAACGAGUACAGCGACAGGUGCACGCCGGCCUGUAUAUCUUUGGGAUCCAGAACUCGAGCCAUUGGAAAUGCAGCUAAGAGCCAGAUAGUCACAAAUGUAAGAAAUACAAUUCAUGGCUUCAAAAAGCUUCAUGGGCGAUCAUUUGAUGACCCCAUUGUGCAAACGGAGAGAAUCAGGCUUCCCUAUGAGCUGCAGAAGAUGCCUAAUGGAAGUGCAGGCGUUAAGGUGCGGUACCUGGAAGAAGAGCGGCCCUUUGCAAUUGAGCAAGUCACCGGGAUGCUGCUGGCCAAGCUUAAAGAGACCUCAGAAAACGCCCUGAAGAAGCCAGUGGCUGACUGUGUGAUCUCGAUCCCCAGCUUUUUCACCGACGCGGAGAGAAGGUCCGUGAUGGCCGCAGCCCAGGUGGCAGGCCUAAACUGUCUGAGGCUGAUGAAUGAGACCACGGCAGUUGCACUGGCAUAUGGAAUUUACAAGCAGGAUCUUCCCUCAUUAGAUGAGAAGCCGAGGAAUGUUGUAUUUAUCGACAUGGGGCAUUCUGCCUAUCAGGUCUCUGUCUGUGCUUUUAACAAAGGGAAACUUAAAGUGUUGGCUACUACCUUUGACCCAUAUUUGGGUGGCAGGAACUUUGAUGAGGCUUUAGUAGACUACUUCUGUGAUGAAUUCAAGACCAAAUAUAAGAUAAAUGUCAAAGAGAACUCUCGGGCCUUGCUACGGCUGUAUCAGGAAUGUGAAAAGCUAAAGAAGCUGAUGAGUGCAAAUGCGUCAGAUCUUCCCCUAAACAUCGAGUGUUUCAUGAAUGACCUUGAUGUUUCUAGUAAGAUGAACAGGGCUCAAUUUGAGCAGUUGUGUGCUUCCCUCUUGGCCAGGGUUGAACCACCGUUAAAAGCAGUAAUGGAUCAAGCUAACUUACAACGUGAAGACAUAAACAGCAUAGAAAUUGUAGGAGGGGCCACACGGAUUCCUGCAGUCAAGGAGCAGGUCACUAAGUUCUUUCUGAAAGACAUCAGUACUACCCUGAAUGCUGAUGAAGCUGUUGCCCGAGGAUGUGCAUUGCAGUGUGCGAUUCUCUCACCAGCAUUUAAAGUGCGUGAAUUUUCUAUAACAGACCUUGUUCCCUACUCAAUCACAUUAAGGUGGAGAACUUCUUUUGAAGAAGGAACCGGGGAAUGUGAAGUCUUCUCUAAGAACCACCCAGCCCCAUUCUCAAAGGUCAUCACUUUCCACAAGAAGGAACCAUUUGAACUAGAAGCAUUUUAUACUAAUUUGCAUGAAGUGCCUUAUCCUGAUCCAAGAAUUGGAAACUUCACUAUUCAGAAUGUUUUCCCACAGUCUGAUGGGGACAGCUCUAAAGUAAAAGUUAAAGUUCGUAUUAAUAUCCAUGGAAUCUUCAGUGUGGCCAGUGCAUCAGUAAUUGAGAAGCAGAAUCUGGAAGGUGAUCAUAGUGAUGCCCCCAUGGAAACAGAAGCUCCUAAGAGUGAAGGCAAAGAGGAUGUGGACAAAAUGCAGGUUGACCAGGAAGAAGGAGGUCAUCAGAAAUGCCACGCUGAGCACACCCCGGAGGAAGAGAUUGACCACACCGGGGCCAAGGCCAAGGCACCUCCUUCAGACAAGCAAGAUCGCAUAAAUCAAACUAUUAAAAAAGGGAAAAUCAAGAGUAUUGAUCUACCUAUCCAGAGUAGCCUGUACAGACAACUGACUCAAGAUCUUCUCAAUAGUUACAUUGAAAAUGAGGGGAAGAUGAUAAUGCAGGAUAAAUUAGAGAAAGAAAGAAAUGAUGCUAAAAAUGCUGUUGAAGAAUACGUCUAUGAUUUCAGAGACAAAUUGGGCACUGUCUACGAAAAGUUCAUCACUCCAGAAGACAUGAAUAAGCUGUCUGCAAUGUUAGAAGAUACAGAAAAUUGGCUUUAUGAAGAAGGAGAGGACCAACCUAAACAAGUUUAUGUGGAUAAGCUUCAGGAGUUAAAGAAAUAUGGCCAGCCCAUUCAAAUGAAGUAUGUGGAGCAUGAAGAGAGACCAAAAGCUUUAAAUGACUUGGGGAAAAAGAUUCAGCUUGUCCUGAAAGUGAUAGAAGCACACAGAAACAAGGAUGAAAGAUAUGAUCACCUGGAUCCUGCUGAAAUGGAAAAGGUUGAAAAGUACAUCAGUGACUCCAUGAACUGGCUAAACAGUAAGAUGAAUGCACAGAAUAAAUUAAGCCUUACUCAAGAUCCUGUGGUAAAAGUGGCAGAAAUAGUUACGAAGUCAAAGGAACUGGAUAAUUUCUGUAACCCCAUUGUUUACAAGCCCAAACCCAAAGUAGAAGCUCCGGAAGACAAAGCGAAGACAAGUAGUGAGCACAAUGGCCCAAUGGACGGACAGAGUGGCCCCGAGAGCAGCCCGGAUGCACCCAGAGGAAGCUCACAGCACCCCGACUCCGGAGAGAUGGAAGUGGACUAAGCUUCAUGUAGUUGAGCAGCGGGGUAACUACAGGGCCCGGUCAUCCUUUAUGCCCGGUACACACAACAUAUGUUCAGUUGUUCUUAACUACUUUUGUCAUUUGUUUUUUGGAGUAGUUUUGAAAAGUGUCUAUAUUGAGUGCACUAUUGCUGUCCAUUGCUGCUGUGAAGCUUUAGCUGAAUAUAGAUGUACAAAUCAGUUUGAGCUCUCCUUACA